GGCUGCCCCCGCCGCGCGCCGCAGGGCCCACCCGCUCCCAUGCGGGCCCUUUAAGGGCCGGGGGCGUGUAACGGGCCCGCCCCUUCCCCGCUGCGCCGGGCCACAGUUAAGUGCGAGCCGGGGCGGAGGGCGCGGAUCCGGCCGCGGAGCGGGGUGCGUCCACGCGGAGCCGGCGCACCAUGUACACCAUCACCAAGGGGCCCAGCAAGCUGGUGGCGCAGCGCCGCAGCGCCCGGGACCAAGGCUGGUGUUCAGUCGAGUGAAUGGCCGGCGGCCCCAUGCCACGUCCCCAUCCCUCGAGGGGACCCAAGAGACCUACACGCUCGCUCACGAGGAGAAUGUCCGCUUUGUGUCCGAAGCCUGGCAGCAGGUGGAGCAGCAGCUGGACGGCGGCCAGGCCAAGGAGAGUGGGCCAAGGCCCGUGCAGUACGAAGAGAGGACGCCAAACCCCCGGCUGCAGAGCUUCGUGCCCAUCGACCUGGACGAGUGGUGGGCGCAGCAGUUCCUGGCCCGGAUCACCAGCUGCUCCUAACAGCUGUUGGGAAGAAGGACCGCCGCCUCGGCAGACCCUCUGCCAGAAGAGGACCACAGUGCCCUGGCCGGCCCGGCCACACCUGAAGUGCCAGCACCCCCGGCUGGGCAUCGCGUGCCGCCGGGGGCCAAACCUGUGUGACCUCAGUCCCAUCCACCGUUUCCAGGGACCAGGCCCUGGGGCUGGCAGGGAGGCGCUCCAGGCUAAUAAAGUCAAGAAACUGCC